AUGGAUUUGCUGUGUGGCCCGCUGGGCUUGGGUGUUGUGGCAGGACUGGGCUGUGGACUCCUCCUCGGUUGGCAGCUCCGGGCUCGUUACGGCUCAACAUCCAAAAGCCUGAUGGAAGGGAUGGGGAACGGCACUGGCGAAUCCAGCGUGAUGGGAGAAGGAGGCGAGUUCAAGAUGAUUCUGGUGGUCCGAAAUGACCUGAAGAUGGGUAAAGGGAAAGUUGCCGCCCAGUGCUCCCACGCUGCUGUGUCAGCUUACAAACAGGUGCAGCGCAGGAACCCCUCGCUUCUCAAACAGUGGGAGUACUGCGGCCAGCCCAAGGUGGUGGUGAAAGCUCCUGAUGAGGAAACCCUGAUUGAUCUUCUGGGUCACGCCAAAGAAGUGGGGCUUCCUGUCAGCCUGAUCCAGGAUGCAGGGAGGACACAGAUUGCACCCGGGUCACGCACCGUGCUGGGUAUCGGUCCAGGCCCGGCUGAUCUGAUCGACAGAGUCACUGGAGACUUGAAGCUCUACUAGAUUUCCGGUUUGAAUCUGCAGGACUUUCAGAAGAUAUCAAUGUUAAAACUAUCUGCAAUGAAACCUAGGUCGGGCUACCAUAAGUUUGUAUUUUUAUACAAGAAUAACUGAUUGUCAAUUACUUUAUUAUUAUUUUUUGUGCUAUUUUGGGGGUUUGUGCACUUAACCCCAUCACAUUAGAAAUGAGUUGACUCUGGAAUAACAGUAAGAGCUUGAUGUUUAUCACUUUACUGUGACAGAUCUGUAGUAUGAACACUUUGAACAGUUUUCAUGCUACAGUUUACAGACCUGAGGAAACAGAUUAAAUAUAUUUACUGUUUAAAAUGUGACUAGAGCAAAGCAAUGAUUCAAUAUUAUCGUUGUUGGUCUCACAUUGCAACCAUUUAACAACACUGAACUAUGGUCCCCAAAUUGUGUUUGCCUAAUGAUAAAAAUGAAGAAAGAUCAUCUCAUAAAAUGAAUGAUGAAACUGA